AUGGAGAAGGAAAUGAAGCAAUCCAAAUUCAAGAGAAUUUGUGUGUUCUGUGGAAGUAGCCCAGGAAAGAAAAGCAGUUAUAAGGAGGCAGCUAUUGAGCUUGGAGAAGAAUUGGUUUCAAAGAACAUUGAUUUGGUUUAUGGAGGAGGCAGUGUUGGCUUGAUGGGGUUGAUUUCCCAAGCUGUUUAUGAUGGUGGUAGACAUGUCAUUGGAGUUAUCCCCAAGACACUCAUGCCUAGAGAGAUAACUGGAGAAACAGUGGGGGAAGUGAAGGCAGUAGCAGACAUGCACCAAAGGAAGGCAGAGAUGGCUAAGCACUCAGAUGCCUUUAUUGCCUUACCUGGUGGUUAUGGAACUCUUGAAGAACUUCUUGAAGUGAUCACGUGGGCCCAGCUGGGAAUCCAUGAUAAACCUGUGGGAUUGUUGAAUGUGGACGGGUUUUAUAACUCGUUGUUGUCGUUUAUUGACAAGGCUGUUGAAGAGGGUUUCAUUAGUCCAACUGCGCGACACAUAAUCGUUUCUGCCCCUACUGCUAAGGAGCUAGUGAAGAAAAUGGAGGAAUAUUUCCCACGCCAUGAAAGAGUUGCUUCAAAGCUAAGCUGGGAAAUUGAACAGCUAAGCUACCCCACAAUAUGUGACAUUUCAAGAUGA